AUGGGCUCCGGGGCCGCUCAGACCGUCAGCUCCAAAGACCCCAAGGCUGCUGCUCAGGCGGCUACGGAUAUGAAGAAUGUCGUUCGCCGGAAGCUGACCGGCUAUGUUGGUUUCGCCAACCUGCCGAAUCAGUGGCACCGCAAGAGUGUUCGCAAGGGUUUCAACUUCAACGUGAUGGUUGUCGGUGAAUCUGGGCUCGGAAAGUCGACUUUAGUGAACACCCUCUUCAACACCUCCCUCUACCCCCCUAAGGAACGCACCGGACCUAGCCACGACAUUAUCCCUAAGACGGUCUCAAUUCAGUCCAUCAGCGCCGAUAUCGAGGAGAACGGCGUGCGCCUGCGCCUGACGGUCGUUGACACCCCUGGAUUCGGUGAUUUUGUGAACAACGACGACUCGUGGCGCCCAAUUGUCGAGAACAUUGAACAGAGAUAUGAUGCCUACCUUGAGGCCGAGAACAAGGUCAACCGUACCAACAUUAUUGAUAACCGUAUCCACGCUUGUGUCUACUUCAUUCAGCCCACCGGUCACUCGCUGAAGCCUCUUGAUAUUGAGGUCAUGCGCCGGUUGCACACCAAGGUCAACCUGAUCCCUGUGAUCGCCAAGGCCGAUACCCUGACGGACGAGGAAAUUGCCGCCUUCAAGCAAAGAAUCCUUGCCGAUAUCCAGCACCACUCCAUCCAGAUCUUCGAAGGUCCCCGCUAUGAGCUCGACGAUGAGGAGACCAUCGCCGAGAACCAGGAGAUCAUGUCCAAGGUUCCCUUCGCCGUGGUUGGCGCCAACGCCGAGGUCACUGCCGCCGAUGGCCGCAAGGUCCGUGGACGUAGCUACCCUUGGGGUGUCAUUGAGGUCGACAACGAGGAGCACUGCGACUUUGUCAAGCUCCGUCAGAUGUUGAUCCGUACCCACAUGGAAGAGCUCAAGGAGCACACGAACAACAGCUUGUACGAGAACUACCGUUCCGACAAGCUCACCCAGAUGGGUGUCGCCCAGGACCCGAGCGUGUUCAAGGAGGUCAAUCCGGCUGUCAAGCAGGAGGAGGAGCGUGCUCUUCACGAGCAGAAGCUCGCCAAGAUGGAAGCGGAAAUGAAGAUGGUCUUCCAGCAGAAGGUGGCAGAGAAGGAGAGCAAGUUGAAACAGAGCGAAGACGAACUGUACGCACGACACCGCGAGAUGAAAGACCAAUUGGAGCGUCAACGUCUGGAACUAGAAGAAAAGAAGGGUCGUCUGGAAACAGGGCGACCCAUCGAAGAGAAGGGAAAGAGGAAGGGAUUCUCUCUUCGUUAA